GGUGCAAAUAUUCGACAAAGAACAGAUUUUGCUUUAAAUAAUGUCCCUUUUCUAAACAAAAUAAAAACUAGAGAUAUUGCCACUAUUUUCUCCUGUGCUUCUAAUGAAGGCAUUUUACUACCUUAUGAAAAGAUUAGAAUUGCAUUUUGCUUCAGCCCAAAACACACCUUCAUGACCAUGAGUCAAAUGAAAAAUCCGUGGAAGGUGCACUGACGGCCUUUCCCAAUGACCGAGCUGCAAGCAUCCGGCCCGGAGGACGUUUUGAACAGUACAGGACGAUUUUCACAAAGAUUCCAAGGUAUACCUAUAUAGAUCCUGAUUUUGAAUAUAGUGAAAUUGAAAAAAUUGAGAAGAAAGUAAAUCGAACGUACUAUUCAAAUCAUAUCAACAGUUUAAGACGUAUGCGCCUGCAGAAAGAAGCAAUGAGUAAGAAAAUCGUGUAUUCAGACAAUGCUCCAGAGGUAAACAUGCUGCUAGCAUCCGGUCUAAAGUCGCCCUCACUCUCUCAAGAGGAAAUACAAGAGGAGUGGUCUUCCAUGGAGUAUCCAAUCAAAGCUAGCCAAUUGUUAUGCACCAAGGGAAUGGCAUCCAAGGAGAGAGUGUCCUUGGAGAGAAAGGUUCUCAAAAAACUGAAACCAAACCCAACCACUCCUCAAGAAAAACAUGAUUGCAGCAUAAUUUUGACACCGAAGCAAAUUCAUCAAGUAAUUGUCGGGCCCUCUGUCCUUAACUUUGGUAAUAUUUGUGUGAACUCCACAAAUACGCAUUCAUUGCAUCUUAUUAAUAUGCUGUCUAUGCAUAUUUUGAUUCAGUUAGAUAUCAAUUUUGAAGAACUUAAGAAAACUAAAAUAUUUUCACAUGUGAUUCCUCCUACAUCUAGUACUCACAUUCCAAUAAUAUUUGAAGCUUCUGCCAUUGGAAAAUUUUGGAGGUCUUUCGCCUUCACAGGAAACAGCACACCUGGUGGGCACAUUUUAGUGACCGCAGAAGUCCUGCCUAUAAAACUUGAGCUAUCUUUGGAUGAGAUAGUGUUGAAACCACGAGGUUUCUUGGUGAAAACAUGCUUCUGGGGGACAGUUAAGUUGUAUAAUCAUCAGAAUAAGUCUGCGCAGUUUGGAUGGCAACCAGUAAACUCACUAAACGGGAUAGCGUUUUCCAUUCGUCCAGCUAAAGGCAUUGUUGAAGCAUAUUCAUCACUGAAAUGUGAGGUAACGUGGCACCCAGGUUUCACUUCUCCAGCAAGAGGCAAAUUUAUUCUUCAUGUUAUUGAUGGAAACACGUUAACACUACAGUGUAUUGCAAAU